CUUGUCCUGCCGACGCGUUGCUCAAAUCAUCAAGCUACUUUACCUCUACUGUGCUGUAACACCCCGUUAAUUACGUCAAGCAUAUGCUCAAAUACAAGCCUUAGCUAGCUCAUUAACAUACUUGCAAUGAGCGGCGAGCGCCCGCCGCCGACUAGCGAUUGUCGCGAGGAGGAGGCACGCCGUUUUUCUGGAGCUCAAGCAGGAACCUCCGGGAGCAAUGGCACCGCCGCCGCCGCCGCCACUGCCGGGGCGCUGGUCCCCCAUGCAACCGCCAACGUCGCCACGCCAACCGCCGCAGCCGCCGGCGGCGUGAAGCGGUUUGUACGGCAGCAGGUGCCGGACGACAUCCUGCACAACGACCAACUGAAUGAGGCCAUUCGGGUGCUGCCAGCCAACUACAACUUCGAGAUCCACAAAACGGUGUGGCGCAUCCGUCAAGAGGGCGCCCGCACUGUGGCGCUGCAGUUCCCGGAGGGGCUGCAGAUGUACGCCUGCGUCAUCGCGGACAUACUGGAGCGGUUCGCGGGCGUGACGCACACGCUGGUCAUGGGCGAUGUGACGUACGGCGCGUGCUGCAUCGAUGACUACAGUGCCGAGGCCCUGGGCGCGCACUUCCUGGUGCACUACGGCCACUCUUGCUUGGUGCCCGUGGACGUGACCGCCAGCCGCAUGCCGGUGCAGUACGUGUUUGUGGACAUCGCUGCUGACGUGGAUCACCUGGUGGCCACCGUGGAGGCCAACUUCCCGGACCGCACCACACGCCUGGCGCUGGCGGGCACCAUCCAGUUCAGCUCGGCUGUGCAGCUGGCGCGGCAGCGGCUGUCCGCCGCCUUCCCCUCCCUGGCCGUGCCCAAGUGCAGGCCGCUGUCGCCGGGGGAGGUGCUGGGCUGUACGGCGCCGGUGCUGGAGGCGGGCAGCACGGACGCCAUUGUGUUCGUGUCGGACGGCAGGUUCCACCUUGAGGCCAUCAUGAUAGCCAACCCCUCCAUCCCCGCCUACCGCUACGACCCCUACGCGCGCGUGUUCACACGGGAGCGCUACGACCACGCAGGCAUGCGCGCUGUGCGGCGGCGCGCCAUCACUGCGGCACGCGGCGCGGCGCACUGGGGCGUGGUGCUGGGCACACUGGGCCGCCAGGGCAACCCCGCCAUCCUGGCCACGCUGCAGCGGCUGCUGGCGGCGGCGGGGCGGCGCGCCACACUGCUGCUCAUGUCGGAGGUGUCGCCGCCGCGGCUGGACAUGAUCCCGGGGCCGGAGGCGUUCGUGCAGAUCGCCUGCCCGCGCCUGUCCAUCGACUGGGGCGAGGGCUUCACGCGCCCCACCCUCACGCCCUACGAGGCAAUGGUGGCACUGGGCGCCGUGCCCGGCUGGUGGGAGCGCCCGCAGCAGCAGCAACAGGCGGAAGGCGCGGAGGGCUGUAGCAGCGGCGGCGGUGGCGGCUGUAGCAGUGGUGGUGGUGGCGGCUGUAGCAGCAGCGGCAUGUCGGCCGAGGAGGAGGCGAUGGCGCCCUACCCCAUGGACUACUACGCCAAGGAGGGCGGCGAGUGGAACUCGUCCUACCACAAGAAGCGGUAGACAGGUGGAACGAAGUAGACAGGUGGCCAGCAGUGGAAAGGUGGCCAGCGGAAGAAAGGUGGCACGCGGGAGCAAGAGAGUACAUGUUGGGUUUGGGGCCGCGCUUGAACGGAGGUUAGACGUUUCGGCUAGGAUAGGACGGUGUCUAAGGCGUUUCGAUGAGGGCCUGCCCCCUAGGGGUAAUGUUCCAGGCGUAGAUGCCGCGGGAGUCGCUCAAUCAAUCAAUGCUGCGCACACGCAUCGACAAGGUAUGGACACACGUAAGGGAGUCACCCGCGCCCAGUCGCCACACAGCAAUGGACGGAUUACCAACGCACUACUGCUACGGUGCGGUGAGGGGCGUGCGAUGGGACAGUGGCAAGGCAAGUUGGUAAGGUCCCGUAGGGUGCAGUUGACGGUGGGGGGCCAGAGACUACCGUGACGACCUGGAGGAGGCCGGUGGCGCGGCAGGCGGUUCGGCCGCCCUGCGGCUGCCUGGGGGCAGCACUCCAGAGCAGCACUCGAGAGCAGCACUCCGCGUGGCACCGCGGCUCGUGAACUCGCGAUGAUUGCGGGCUUGCAGCGCACUGAUCGCAGGGCCUGAUCCAAACCAGGGGAGGCACGCCAGGGACGCUCCAUCUGAUGCUCCCAGGGGACCCGCUUUGCGCCAUCAUUGGGCCACCAAGCCCCCGGGUUGGGGGCUGCUGCAAACCCUCCCGCUGUCAAAGUCCGUGUGACUCCGCGCACCGUGUAAACUAUUAUGCAA